AUGAGAAAUAUUAACGCACUGCCUCAAAAACUAUGGAGUGAACGUUGUACCAAGAACUCCAUCGCGUUGAAUGACUGCAACUGGUGCUGGUGUGAUGUCAGACAGAAGUUUCAAUGUAAAGCACGGAUCUGUGAGGAGGUGGAUGUGUUCGGACAUUUUAAAGACGCCAUACGUGAUAUUGAUGUUGGAAUGGAAGGACGCGGUUCUUGGCGAUCCUCAAUGACUCCCUGCACACCCGGUGUUCAUUAUAGACGGGGAGAUGUUCUAUGUUUGUGUGAUGAAGAUGGGAAUUGGCCAAAUCCAGUCUGCAGAGACAUCUUCAGAGUUUUGCAUUCUGUGGAAAUCCAUCGGGAUACUGUUAAUCAAACUUGUACUCCUUCUAAACUAUAUCUGAUUGGUUGUAACGUUUGCUUCUGUUCAUCAUCAGGAAUUUUAGAUCCGGAAUUGUGUACAAAACAAGAAUGUCAGGAAGAUGACCCAGCGCUACCAGAAAACCGACCGAAAACCCAAACUGAUAAUGAAAAAAUUUCCGAAGUAUACGCCAAAUGCGAUUCAGACGAAACCUAUCAGCUUGGUUGUAGGAAAUGCAUUUGUCUAAAAAAUAAUAGACUUAUAUGUAAUGACUGUCCAAAUGAACAUACAGCUGUGGCAGAGAAGCCUUUAUACAGAAAGAGAAAACGCAAAAGGAGGAGAAAGAAAAUAAGAAAUACCAGAUUUGGAUUAUGUGAAGGAAAAUAUCCCAAACAGAAAUUCUCAAUCGGAUGCAGUACGUGCUUCUGCGACAAGUACUCAGGAAUAUACUGCUCAGUGAGGAAGUGUCUUAAACCUAUAAGAACUUUGAAAGCAACACUGUCUCUCUCAAAAACUGAUCCGUCUAUAGUUGUUCCAAAUGUAAAACGCGUCGAAGCGCCUAUGGACGAUGAUAUGUGUCAAGCAAACACCAGAUUUCGUAAAGAAUGCAAUGAAUGCAUUUGUCUCAAACUGUAA